AUGCGAGAUAUCUUGAGCCGUGCAGGUAUGGUGGACUGCAAGCCGUUGGCUACUCCGGUGCCUGUGACUCGACCCGUUUCUGAAUCUGUGGUUCCUUAUGCUGAUCCCACGCAGUAUCGCAGUCUUGCUGGGGCUCUGCAGUAUCUUACUGUCACUCGCCCGGAUUUAUCUUUUGCUGUGAAUCGGGUCUGUCAGCAUAUGCACUCCCUGACCACUGAGCAUUGGGCAAUGCUCAAACGUGUUCUGCGGUACGUUAAAGGCACUUUGCAUUUUGGUCUGUUUAUUCGCCCAUCCUCCUCUGUUGCAGUGCAUGCUUUUUCGGAUUCGGACUGGGCUGGGGACCCCGCUGACAGAAAGUCUACUAGCGGCUUUGCGGUUUUUCUUGGUGACAAUCUGAUCUCUUGGUCUUGCCGGAAGCAACGUACGGUUGCUCGUUCGUCUACAGAGGCCGAGUACAAGGCACUAGCUGACGUGUCUGCUGAGGUCACCUGGUUGAUUUCUCUAUUGCAUGAACUUCGGUUGCCGUUGGCAGCUCCUCCCACUCUCUGUGGCAAAGAAAGAGUUGCAAGUUAG